AUGUCGAAUCAACGACAUAACGCGCCAGUCUUCUUACAUGCAAAAUUCGAUGUCUCUGCACUUCUUCACCUUGUCCAGCGAUUACGAAAUGUACCUUGCACUUGUGACCUGACUCAAAGACCCAGAAGCGGUAGCCUAAAUUGGGUGAUUUUUCUCACCUUUGAUGAUGGUGUGGAAUGGGUAUUCCGCUCCCCUCGGACAUGUUACAGUUUAGAUGAGGAGACUGCUGGAGUUGUACUUGCGAGCGAGGCAGCCACAAUCAAAUACAUUCGAGAGAACAGCUCCAUUCCUGUUCCAGAAGUGUUCUACUACAGGUUAAAUGAAAUCGGAGUGCCAUUCAUUUUAAUGAGCAAAGCCCAAGGCUCUCCCCUUAGCACUCGCAGUUGGCACCCGCAACCUUACCAAAUCCCAAAGACCGCUCGGCGCCAGUGUCUUAAACAACAGGAAAAAGAGAAGAUUAUGAGACAACUCGGGGAUAUUAUAUCACAACUGUCACACCUUCGGUUUGAUACGAUGGGCUCGUUGUUUGAAGAGGAGGGUUGUUUCAGUGUGAAGACAUGCCUUUCGCCUGGACUGCUCUUGCAAGACAGACAUACAUUACAAGAAUUCUUCCGGGGACCAUUCUGCAGUGAGAAGGACUACUAUAAGUCACUUCUAUCCGCAUUUCUCCAGCAUAUACAGUUUCUCACGUUAGAACAUCACGCCUUCUUCGCUCCCGUUCCCGUGCCGGCGGAAUACAAUUCUUAUGACAGUUAUCUAUCUGCAACUGAUAAAUGGAACGAUUUCGUCACACUUGGCUCAAAAAUUGAUAGCAGCAAGAACAGAUUGGACUAUUUUAUCGCUGGCCAGUUUCUCGAGAGUAUGAUACCGUCCUUUACGACCGAAUCCGACGCGACCAUGAGCAGUUUUGAAGCUGGAUAUCCUCUCCACCAUCCUGAUCUUAGUGUUAAUAACAUCUUUGUUGACGAAGAUUACAAUAUCACUUGUAUUAUCGACUGGGCUUUCUCAUCGUCUGUGCCGAUUGCCAUGCUUCUUGCGACACCGGGCUUACCUCAUCCAAGGGAUGAGAUAGAGCCUGCCCUUGACUCCGCAUUCCGAGCUAGGGUCGCAAAAUAUUUUAUGAGAGAGAAAAAUGUGACGCUUCAUCAGACAGUUUGGGAGAUGACCAGAAAGGACUAUAACCUUUUUGCGGAGCUUUACAGAUUAAUAUACGGGCAGCAAAUGUCGGACAUACCGACCAUGUUUAAAGAACAGUAUGGCGAACCAGCGGUUUUGGAUAUGGAAAAGAUUCUCGCGGCAGAUGAUCAAUCAUCAAGUGAUAUUGAACGGAAUGAGAAGGCAUACUUUUCUAAUGUGGAACCCCAUUCGUGUGCAAUCAGAGAUGCCAUAAGAGUUACAAGGAAGACUCAGGGGUGUGGUAGGGAAGUCCAGUCGCCAAAUAACCAUUCCCUUAGUAGUUUGACCCCGUAUAAGCAAACAGACGAUGCAAACGCGCCAAGAUCAGACAAUUGGGUCCCCCGGAAACCAGGUUCUCUCGCAGCUCAAUUUUUACAUGAAGCAGCAUCGCGCCCGGUAUGGUUAUAUUAUUACAAACCCAAUAAAACGCAGGCAUGGCCGAAAAAGGCCUGCUGUUCGGUAAAUUUUGCGUAUCCCCUCAUGGUUCAUACAAAAAUGUCAAGAAAACGAAAACGGCCUAUUGAAGAGGUUAUUGCAGAACUUCCACCUCUAGAAUCAGUGAAAUUCCAUCCAAUACUGCCUGCCUCACGAGAUCCAAUUCUUAAUAUUCCAGCGAAUAUCAAUAUUAGCAGUCCUUAUGCCUUAUUUACUCUAUUCUUCUCUGAGGAAAGCCUUCAAAAUAUCAGUGAUUCUACUAAUCUCUAUGCAAAACUAAAGAAAGAUGCUAGAGAUACUGAUGAUGAAGCUCCAGAGCUUUCAGAAAUAGAGGAGGAUGAGGAAGCUCAAGAUAUAGAGAUUUCUGAAAUUUCUAUAUCCUCAAAGCCUUCUAUCCAACAAUAUUCAUGGAAAAAUACCAAUCCAGCGGAGAUAAAGGUCUUUAUAGGCAUUCUUCUCUAUAUGGGGGUUCAUAAAUCCCAUCGAACUGAUCUAUACUGGCGGAAUGAUCUGAAACAGGGCCCUAUUCAUUCUGUUCAAUCCUAUAUGACCCAUACGCGUUUUAAACAGCUUAAACGAUAUAUCCAUAUAUCUAACCCCCGUGAAGCCCGCCGCCCGGGGGCCAAAAAUAAGGAUGAUUGGUGGUAUAAGGUAGAGCCGUUGGCUACUGAGUUCCAUAUGGCAUGCCGAAAAUACUACACCCCUGGCUCCAAGAUUUCUAUUGAUGAGAUUAUGGUUAAAUGCUUUGGACGGAGUCAACAUACAUACAAGAUGCCUAAUAAACCAAUUCCUCGGGGAUAUAAGAUAUUUGGCCUAUCAGAACAUGGCUAUUUAUGGACAUUUUUCUGGUCUAGCCGCCGGCAGGGUAUAAUGCCUAUGUUUCAAUUCCCUACAUUAACAAAAACCGGAUCUAUGGUGGUGAAUCUGGUGAACCGGCUUCCUACGGUAUCCACGCCGAAUACGCCGAAUGCCACGCCGAAUGCCACGCCGAAUGCCACCCCUAAUACCGACCCUAAUAUCACCCCUAAUAUCACCCCUAAUAUCGGCCCUAAUAUCAACCCGAAUACCACGCCGAAUAUCAACCCCCCGAAUGCCACGCCGAAUGCCACCCCUAAUCAAAUCUCUAUCGCACAGCCGGUCACAUCCUAUUCAAUUUAUAUGGAUAACUACUUUACAUCAGUUCCUCUAUUCAAAGAACUACGUCAACAGGGGUAUGGAGCAUGUGGAACCACUCGUCCAAACCAGGUUCCAGCAGUACUAGGCGAGCUUCGAGAGCAUUCAAAUUCCAUACCCUGGAAUACCCUGCAUGCCAUUGAAAAAGAGAAUGUUCUCUGUCUUGCCUGGCAAGAUAAUAAUAUGGUAUUGGCACUAACUACGAUUCAUUCAUUGGACGCAGUUAUUGAACGUACUCGUAAAUGCCCAGGGGAACUCUCAACCAAUGCCAAUAUUGUUAGGAAAGUCUUUGAAGGUCAACCACAAGAGAAGCUGAAAAUCCCAUUGAUUAUAGAUGAUUAUAAUCAUAAUAUGAAUGGGGUAGACCUAGCAAAUCAAUACCGGGCAGCAUAUACUAGCCAUAGAGUCACCUAUCGAACCUGGCUUCCUAUUCUCUACUGGCUUAUCGAUUCCGCGGCUGUCAAUGCAUACCGGCUUCAAUAUAUAUAUAUGAAGCAGCAAGGGAUUCCGGCAAAGGAUCUUCCUUCUCAUAUAAGCUUUCAUGAGAAGCUUUAUCAACAGCUCUUUGAAUUUGCACCUAAGAUUCAUGAUAAUCUUCCUAUCGAACGAUCAAAUCCUGAUCUAAAUCAUCAACGAAUUCCUCUUUCAAAACAGCGUGUUUGUGCCUGGUGUCAGUAUAAACGAAAGAUUGGCCAGCAGGAAGAUGUAUUGGCGCGGAUCCUUAAUUAG